GCUAGUGUUUCAAAUACUGCCGCGAGCUCCAUCGCACCCCAAAUGAAAAGGCCAGUGGCGCUACCGGCUCGCCGGCACCCACCGGCGCAGGAAGGUGACACGGCGGCCAUGUUUGGGGUUAACCGGAAGAAGUUCACGGAGGCGGGAGCGGAGGGCGAGUACGACGAGCCGGGCGGCCUCUACUACGGCCAGCCGUCCGUCUUCCCGCAGCGCGCCGACAAAGACGUAAGCGGCGCCGCCGUGGAUGACCUCGCCGACGCCGGCGGGCGUCAGCGAGAUGCCUUUGUCUUUCAGACCACGGCGGCCCUGUCCUCCGCCUCGGGACAGCUGUCGCAGCUGGGAGCCAGUCUCUACGGCCCUCAGAGCGCGCUCGGCUUCCCCGCGCGCGGCCUCAACAGCGGCGCGCUGCCGCCGAGUCGAAGCGGACUCGCUCAGUCGGCCGCCGCGCACACGCCUCCCUCGCCCGGCAGGGGGAUUCCGCCCAAGAGCGGCCGCGCCGUCCUCAACCACAACCAGCAGGUGGGGGGAGAACGGGGGGGCGGGGGGCGGAGUCCCGGCGGCCCCUCACCCAGCAUCAUUGGAAUGCCCAAACAGUCGCGGCAAGCCUUCACCAUCAGCAGCAUGUCAGGUUUCGGCGUGAGCAGGACUCCCGGAUUCAACGUCUUCAACGGCACAGAUGGCAGCGAAAACGUGACGGGCCUGGACCCGUCCGACUUCCCGGCGCUGGCCGACCGCGGUCGGCGAGACGGCGGCGCCAACCCCGCGCCGCUGCUCAACCCGCUGGCCGGGCGGGCGCCCUACGUUGGCAUGGUAACUAAGCCGUCUGGCGAGCAGUCGCAAGACUUCUCCAUCCACAACGAGGAUUUCCCAGCACUACCGGGCCCAAACUACCAGACCAAAGACCCCGGCGACGACGGCAAAACGGUGACGCGCGCGCGCACUCGCUGCAAAGCCGCCGGCGAAUUGCUGUGGGCUGACUCUCGUCUCGGCCGCUCAGAACCUCGGCUCUUCAGCGACAACCAGCACAAGAAAGGAAUACAGGUGCUGCCCGACGGACGCGUGAGCAACAUCCCGCUCGGCAUGGUAACGGACCAAUUCGGCAUGAUCGGCCUGCUGACGUUCAUCCGGGCGGCCGAGACCGAGCCCGGCACGGUGCACCUGGCUCUCGGAUCCGACCUCACCACGCUAGGCCUCAACCUCAACUCGCCCGAGAACCUCUACCCCAAGUUUGCGUCUCCGUGGGCGUCGGCGCCGUGCCGGCCGCAGGACAUCGAUUUUCACGUACCGUCGGAAUACUUGACCAACGUCCACAUACGGGACAAGCUGGCCGCCAUCAAGUUGUCCCGCUACGCUUCAACAGGGACUGGCGCUACCACAAGGAGGAGCGGGUGUGGAUCACGCGGGCGCCCGGCAUGGAGCCGUCGCUCAAGACAAACGCCUACGAGAGGGGCACGUACUACUUCUUUGACUGCCUCAACUGGAGGAAGGUUGCCAAGGAGUUCCACCUGGAAUACGACAAACUGGAAGAGCGACCUCACGUUCCCUCCACCUUCAACUACAACCCCGCCCAGCAGGCCUUCUGAUUGGCCGCCCGGCCGCCGGUCCAAGAAAGAGACAUUUGCGUUUUCCUCACCUGAUUUUUUGAUUGCCUUCUCCCCUGAAGUGAGGGUUAGGAUGAGGCCAGGACAGGAAGUGGACUUUGUAGCAUCCUUUCACACUAAAAGAGAAAAAAAAAAAAAGCAACAUGACGCCAUGGCGCACACGUCCACAGAAACCCCGCUGAGCAUCGAGUCCAAAGCCAGUUGAACCCGUACACUUUGUGUUCUCGCUUGUUCAGUCGGGCUCAGAACAUGGCACGGGAAACUGCUUGGCGGUCAGCAACGCUCCCGAGCGGGCAAAGCCACGGCUGUUACGCUCGUCCGCGUUUGUCCCACCCUGACGCCAUUUUGCAUGUUGAGGCAUUGACUGCGUGUUACGAAGUGUUGACGAGUAAUCAGUAAGUCUACUUGGUGGACAAACGGCGUUGGAAAUGGAGUGAAGGCACAAAGGGAUUGGCAUCAGCACACUUGUCCUUUUUGGAGGACGCCUCCGCAUUCCUCAAGCCGCCACCGGGGGGCGCCCGCCGCAUCCGGCUGCCAUGGAGACAGCCCGCUUGUUUUGUUUCCCCACCUGACGUGACCUGGACUCAAUAUGGCAGCUAGUGUUUGCAGAGCAACAAAUAGUUUUGUUCUCUGUUUUUCUUAGCCACAAAUAAAUAUUCUGAUAAUGAAACUUGCGAUCGUCAUCUGUCAACAUGUAAGUUAGCGGCCUAGCGUGACGUCACUACCGCCGGAGGAGAGCGUCAUCUCGAAACAAGCGAUCGUUAUUAAAGCAGACAGACACACGUUUAA